AUGGUAGCGUCGUCAUUCCCUGCAGCCAGAGGUAUAUGGUUGUCGAUCCCUAGUUCGGGAACCAAGUGCGUCUCCGAAGAGAUCCAUAGCAACGUCGUCGUUCUAGCUGAUUAUUAUGUCAUCAACGAGGAGAAGCCGGAGCAUGUGCCGAAGGUUUCUUCCCGGGUGACAUCCCCAUAUGGGACCGAUCUACACCACCAGGAAAAUGCGACACACGGUCAGUUUGCCUUCACGACUAGCGAAGCGGGUAACUACAUGGCAUGUUUUUGGCUGGACGAACAUCAGGAACAUGUCGCAAACGUAAGUUUGGGUUUGGAAUGGAAAACCGGGAUUGCUGCAAAGGACUGGGAUUCAGUGGCGAAGAAAGAAAAGAUUGAGGGUGUUGAGCUUGACCUAAAGAGGCUAGAAGCAUCUGUAGAGUCAAUCCAUCAAAAUCUGAUCUAUCUCAAAGAAAGGGAAGCAGAGAUGAGGGAAGUGAGUGAACAGACCAACGGGAGAGUGGCUUGGUUCAGCAUCAUGGCACUUAGUGUGUGCAUUGCAGUUGCGACGUUCCAGGUGUGGUACUUGACGCGGUACUUCCAGAAGAAGAAGCUAAUCUAG